GCAAUAGUCAUCUCAAUUUUUACCAUGUACAGCAUACAAUUAUUUGUCGUCGCUUUGCUCCUGCUAAUCCAACAGCAGCUCUCAAGUGGCGCUGCUUUAAAUACAACAGCAGGGGCGAUAAGGAACAAGGAUGGUCGCAUUGUGGGUGGCUCUGAGGCCUCAAUCUCUUAUUUUCCACACCAAGUGUCUAUCCAGAUGGGAACGCGUCAUGCUUGUGGCGGUUCCAUACUCACCAACCGCAUUAUCCUAACAGCUGCCCAUUGCGUGCGAGAGUAUAGUAAACCGCAGUUGUACUUCGUACGCGCUGGCAGCGAUGAAUGGGCCCGUGGAGGCAGCUUUGUAGGCGUCCGUCGCAUCAUUCCCCAUGCCCAGUUUGAAGAGCCUACGCGACUGAACCAUGACAUUGCUUUGUUGUUGCUGCAACAGCCGCUUGUCUACAGUCCAUCCAUACAGCCCAUAGCUUUGGUCUCGCCCAUGGACUUUGUGCAUCCUCAAAUGCCGCUCUACAUAACCGGAUGGGGAACUACGGGUACUUCGCUUAUAACUGAGACGAGGCUACGUUACACCAGCAUCUUCCAGGUAGAUCACGCAGAAUGCCAGGCCACCUAUAUGGACGUAGGGGUUGUAACCGAUACGAUGAUCUGCGCGGGUGUGCCAUUUGGCGGACGCGACAGCUGUCAGGGCGAUUCUGGCGGCCCAUUGAUUACCAACAUAGGUCAUCGCUGGAAGCUUCUGGGCAUUGUAUCUUGGGGAAUUGGAUGUGGACAAGCACAGUAUCCAGGCAUUUAUACGCGAGUUACAGCCUAUAAUGAUUGGGUCGCACAGACAAUGAAAUUAUUGCAAUAAUUGGGGUAUAUCUAACUUUAACUUUUAAGAGUAUGUAAUUGUAAAUA